CCAGAAAAAUGUGUUAAUUGCUAACCAUUUCCGUUUUCCAGAGUCUUCUUGCUCUGGGGUGGACGACGGAACGUUUGAGGCACUGAACAAGAUUUUCGCAAAUACUUCCGACGAACUUAAUCCCUUUGUUCGUAGACAUAAGGGAUUAAGCUCGUCAGUAAACAAACGCUGAUUUUCUAGUGCGCCCACCAAAAUUGCUAUUGAACGAAAUUCACUAAUCUCCGCCAUGCUGCCGAAGAGAAAGACGAUCUCUGGAAAACAGUAAUCAUUAGCAAUUGACGAAUUUUUUCGCAACACAGCCCACACAGAGUACAUGUUUCGGUUUUAAGCAAAAACCUUCGGCCGUUCUCACCAGAUUCAAAGGUUGAAGUGCGUUAUAAUUUCAGAUAUGGAUCGGAGAAACAGGCGAAAUCCAAAUCUAUCACAAAGCCAGUCAUUCCUGACACGGAAUCGACAAAAUAACUCUCGAAUGCCGUAUAAUGGACAACCGUUUCACCCUGUGAUUUAUUUUGGGAACCCGAUGGAACACAAUUGUUUAAUGGCCUUUCAAGACCCACGAUUUCAAGAAAAUGCACAAACAACAGCGAGCUCUAACGGUGCUGCCAGCGAAAAUGAGCAGGACUUGGGAAAAUUGAAAAAGAAAAGAACGGAAUGGUCCGAGGAGUCCACGAAAUACUUAUUACAGUUAUGGGCGGAUAACUACAAUUAUUUAAACAGUGCUCAUUCUCGAAAAGCUUGGAAAAAGAUAGUUCAGAAUUUCAACAAAACGUUUGACACUGAAAGAACAUUCGAUCAAAUCAAGCGCAAGGUUAAGUAUCACAUUGAAAAGUAUAAGACGGUGUGUGAGUGGAACAAAAGCCAAUCUGGAGGUCAAAACAAAGAUUGCGAUUUUUUCGAAGUGAUUGAUGGUGUCUUGGGUACCGGAGAGGUAGUUAAUUUUCCUUAUGUUGUUGGUGCUGGUGUCGAGAAUGAAAACUCCGAUGAUCAGUCUCAAGAUGUGCCGGAUCCAGAAACAACAUAUUUAAUUUUAGGUGAAAAAGAUACUCCAUUCUUUGCCGUGAAAAAGGAAAGUGACUUGGUUCAAGAAGAAAGUCCAAGAGAAGAGGCGCCAUUUACCUUAUUUGAACACACAUUAGAAACAGUAGAGCCAAGGGGACCAGAGAAAAAUCUGGAGGCUGCAAAGUCACCUCACAUAGAUAGCAGACAUGAAAGAAAACGAAAGAGAAAGGGUCGCGUUAAUGAAGACGAGAAAGGAGGAGAUGGGGAAAAGAAACUUGAAUUAGCAUUGGCAAAAAUGACUGCUCAAAGUGAACAACUGGUUAAUGUAGCGGAAAGAAUGGAACAAAAUUCCAGAAGGCAAACCGAGAUUUUGGAACAACUGUCACGCGGCCUGUGUGCAUUUAUGACCAGUCACACAAGAGAUAAGAUGCCAAGGCUCAGUACCCGUAGAAGAAAGAGACCAGAGAAUCUUCAAAUGCAAAGCGACUCUGAUGAAAAUGAAAUAUAUUAAUCAUGUUUUGCUACUCAGUGAAUGUUAUUUUAUGUUGUGUUAUCAAGUUAUAUUGCCAAAGUACAUAUAACGUAAAUCCUCGAAUCGACCCCCACCCUCGAAAAAGCCCCCAUCCUAAAACUACAAAUUGUCAAUAAACCCCCCUCGAAUAAGCCCCCACUGCUAACGUAAAUUUUCGAAUUGAAACCCCUCAUUUUGAUGGUUUUUGCCAUCUGAGGUUGCCUUUAACGUUUUAUUGAAUUACCAAAAAAUUCAUACUUUUAUAAUAAUUGAUUAAAUUCUCAUAAAGAAAUUCCUGCUACAAUAAACGAGGCCUUUUAAUAAUGUCAUCUUAAUAUCUACAAUAAUUUUAUAAGCCCCCCCCUCAAAUAAGCACCCAUAAAAAAAUAUCAAAAAUAAAUAAGCACACAGUGGGUUAAUUCGAGGAUUUACAGUAUUGAUCUUAUCAAUUAGAGACAUUAGAAGUUCUUGGAAAGUUCAAAGGCAAUCCUUUCUAUAAAAUUGGGUGUCUUUGACAAUAUCAGGGCAUUUUCUGUAUGUUGACAAAAAUGCUGGGGGAAUCACGCCCAUUACCCCCAUUUGACUACUACACUUAUGAUCUCAAUAUUUCCAUCAUUGAUUUGUAUUUAUAAGAUAGUAGCCACAAGAUACACAAAACAGAAACUGCUUAAAUUUGGAUUAAAUUGAUUGAUUCUUGAGAUGACCAAACCGCUUGAAAACGAUGUUCUUAUUAAAAGGUUUUUCAGAUUUAGUGAUGGAGUCAUUCCAUGCCAAAUCUACAAGCUAAAGUGACCUUUGACACCCAUUAUCUCAGAAUUGCUUGACAUUUUUACAGUGUUUAGAUCUAAUAAAUUUAUGAGAAAAUCCAAAAUUUCUGUUAAAAAUUCUAAUUGAUUGCUGAGAUAUUCAAAUUUAAAUUCAUCAAUUUUUCUGCCAAGAUUGCCAUUUUUAAUUUCAUGUCUGCCAAACACUUCUCUAUGGAUUAAUUCCUCUAUUAAUUGAUUUAUCAAUCCAAAUACAACUUUGCUUAUACAUUAUAGGGUAUUAGGUUAUCUCAGAAAUAUCAAUGCUAUUUUCUAAAAUAAUUCCCUAAUGCCCCCCAAGAGAUGAGGCAUAUUUUGCCAUCUUUUGAAUCUCAACAUAUUGAUAAACUGGGAUGGUACUCUUCUCUAUUUUUCAUUUAUUCUUCACCAACUUUUGUAAAAAAAUAUGUUGAUAGUUGAGGCAAUAAUGACUUUGAAAUUGUGUAACAAGUUUGAUGUUUGAAAGCCUCUUUUGAUAUCUUAUAUCAUAAUUUAACAUCAAAAUAGGUUCAGACAAUUUAUCAAGUGAACCUGUUUGACAAUCUUGGAACAAAUGAGUUAUUAAGAUUGUUAAGAUUUGCCAACAAAGAGCUAAAAGUACAUGUGUUAAUAAAGCAUAUUCAUUAUUCAAAAUUAUUUGUCAACCAGAUAUACUAAGUUUUACCUCAAGAUAUUAGUUAAACAAAUACAGUACAAUAAAUGUUUCAAUAUUUCAUACUUAUUUAUCUCGGAUUGAAUCAAAAGAUGCUCAUUACCUGUAAAUUAGUAUUGGUGCCCAGAUGAAAUUGCAGGGGCCUCAAUAACACAGGCAAGAUGUGUUACUGGUGCAAAGCACUUAUCCUCUCAUCUAAGCCAAUGGAAUGACCUUGAUCAAAAGGCUGGGUGCAUAAAUUUUACUUUAUUUUAUCAGUGUUUCAUCAAUGUGUUGUGCUAUAUCAAUCCACACAUGAUCGUCUUAGUGACUGAUCAGAAGGUCAGAAGCUUUAGUAUUUUCUUUUCCCUUGUGUCUUGAUAGUGUAGCUCCUAAAAUCAACUCAUACGUUAUUUCAUAUCCUUGAUCACUGGGAACUUCUUUUGCUGCAAUAACACUCCUUGACAGUGGUUCAUAUUAGUGGUAAAUAUAAGUUCAAGGAAGACUUCCAGCUACCUGCUCAUUCAAAUCUGUUGGCUGUUUUUCAAGAAAAAAGACCUUAACCCCAGUUAUUUUCUCCUGACACAAAUUAAAAGCAUCCUUUGAUGUCAAAAUUUGUUGAUUGAGUGGUCAGUUACUAAAAUGAUCAUGUGUGGCUUGGUAUUGCAUGCCACAUUGAUGAAACAAAUGGUGAUAUUAAAGUAAAGUUUAUGCACCCAGCUUUUCGAUCAAGAUCAUUCCAUUGGCUUAGAUGAGAGGAUAAGUGCUUUGUGCCAGCUUGCCUGUGUUAUUAAGGUCCCUACAACUUUAUCUGGGUGCCAAUUAGGGAAUGAUUUUAGAAAAUAGCAUUGAUAUUUCUGAGAUAACUAAUCACCCUAUAAUGUAUGUGCAAAGUUGUAUUUGAAUUGAGAAGUCAGUGAAUUAUUCAUAGAGGAAUCAAUCCAUAAAGAAGUGUUUGGCAGACAGGAAAUUCAAAAUGGCUGCCAUGGCAAUUUUGGUAGAAAAAUUGAUGAAUUUUAAAUUUGAAUAUCUCAGCAACCAAUUGGAAUUUUAAGCUGAAAUUUUAGAAUUUUUCAUAAAUUUAUUAGAUCUAAACACUGUAAUUUUUUUAAAGAAAAUUUGAGAUGAUAGGUGUGGCUUGUUGAAUUGACUUAAUGGUAAAAAUAAUGUUUCCUUGGGCUUUGAAAAGAUUUAUUGAGCUGUAAUGACAUUAAUUUAUAUUUGAAUGGAUUUUUAAGAAUUUAUGGUGUGACUUGCCCCUUGACUUAAUAAAAUAU